ACAAUCUGCCAGCUCUAUUCACUGGCUUGUGUGUGGAAUAAAAGCUGUGAGGGCGCUUGUAGUCUGUUAAUCAAUCUUUGAUCAUUGAAGAAAUAAAGUCAGAAUAGCAAGCCUUGGUUUUGGUAAAUUGCAUGACAGUAUUAGGUCUAGUUUCAGAAGAAGGAUAUACAUUAUUGUCCUACAAUAGGUUGGUUUACACUGAGUGUUGGGCAUUUAAAAGCUCACCAGGUACACUGAGGAGCAUUUGUAUCCUGCAGAGUGAGUGAGACUGAACAGCAUCAUAUAUUAACUGUUGUUGGCGGGGAGGACAUUUUUAGGAACCAGCGUACCUAGCAACCUCCGUCAAACUUGUGAAGGGUCAGGUAGACCCUGCUUUGUUCAAAUUCUCUUCUUUCCAAGACAUGCAGCGAAGUGAAACUUGUGAUUCAGGAUUUAAAGAUUCCUUAAGUUCUGAAGUAAGCCGUGUGGGUACUGAUAGUUUUGACAGCAAUCAACCAGAGUCUGCGUGCCAAAAAUCUUCAACCAUGAAAGACGGACUGAAGUUAAACCCCAAUGUUGACAACACUGAAGUCAUGAAUGAGAAGCCUCUGAAGAAUAGAGUAAAGACAAAAUUGCUUGCACUCGAACUUGGUGGGCUACCGGACGACAAGUUGCUUGGUCUGAAACGCAAUUCUUCUAAUUUGAGCUCAGACUCGGGUUAUAGUAUUGAGCAUGUGCAGAUGAAGAAGGGGGUGGGGCUACUUUCAGGUGUGGCCUUGAUUGUUGGCACCAUGAUUGGUUCGGGAAUUUUCAUUUCCCCAAAGGGCGUACUUGCUGGCAGUGGAUCAGUAGGUGCCAGCCUCGUAGUCUGGGCCUUCUGCGGCCUGAUUUCUCUCCUUGGAGCCUUGUCGUAUGCUGAACUCGGCACCAUGAUCACAAAGUCCGGCGCAGAGUACGCCUAUCUGCAAGAGGCUUUCAGUCCGAUGCACCGAACGCUGGGACCCGUGCCCGCUUUCCUGUUCGCGUGGACGUCAGUCCUUAUCCUUAAACCAGCCUUGUUUGGCGUAACGUCAAUGAGCUUUGCUGUGUACCUAGUUCAGCCUUUCUACGGCGACUGCGUCCCUGGUGACCUGAUUGUCAAGAUGGUGGCUGUGCUUUGUUUAUUUUUCAUCACCUUCAUCAAUGCGUAUAGCGUUUCCCUGGCAACAAAGGUUCAGAACUUCUUCACCGUUAUGAAACUCAUCUCCGUGGCGAUCAUCAUCAUCGGGGGCAUCUACAUGCUUGUAAAUGGCAACACAGAGAUACUGAAGACAGGUUUUGAGGAUACCGAGCCCUCCUGGUCCAUGAUUGCUCUUGCCUGCUAUGAUGGUCUCUGGGCAUAUGACGGCUGGAAUAAUCUCAACUAUGUCACUGAAGAGUUGAAGAACCCUCACCGUAACCUGCCCCUGGCAAUCAUUGUUGGUAUCCCGUUUGUGACCAUCUGCUACAUCCUGAUGAACAUCUCCUACUUCACUGUGCUUUCCAAGUACGACCUACUGAUGUCCACUGCUGUAGCCUCGUCAUGGGGCGAUGUUGUACUAGGCGGUGCAACCUUCAUCAUCCCCAUUGCCGUCGUGUUCUCUGCCUUUGGUGGCUGCAAUGGAAACUGCUUCACUGGAGGACGAGUUAUGUAUGUAGCAGCUCGCGAGGGUCACUUGCCGGAAGUUUUCUCCUAUGUCCAUGUAAAGCAACUCACACCUCUACCCUCCCUGAUGGUCUCUGUCUUAGUAGCUAGCUGCCUGGUACUAUUUGGGGAGAUUUUCCAGCUGAUCGACUUCUUCAGCUUCACCGCCUGGUUCUUCUACGGGCUCACUAUGGCUUGCCUGCUCGUGCUGCGCUACACACAGAAGGAAAGACACCGUCCAUACAAGGUUCCGAUCAUAAUGCCUAUAAUUGUUCUGCUGGUGUCUAUCUACCUGGUGGUUGCGCCCAUUGUCAACGACCCAAAGAUUGAGUUCCUGUAUGCUUUCCUGUUCUCCGUCAGUGGCAUUGUCUUUUACGUACCAUUUGUUGUGUACCAGAAGAGGGUCAAAUACAUGACAAAUAUAACCUGGUUUCUACAGAUUGUAUUGAUGGUGGCGCCAAGUAAAUAUGUACCAGUGGAAUGAGGCUUCUAGACAUGCAAUGUAGGCUCUAAGACUUCUAUUACACUUCAGUGAUCAGCAUUUCACAUCUGGAUGCAGGGUGUUUCUUUCUAACACAUUAGCUAUUUGCAUUUGAUAACAGGAUGCUUGGUGUUUUCGUGAAGGCUAAUGGCAUUUUACAUCCUGGUGUUUACCAUUUUUGCAUUUCACAUUAGCAAUCAGCAUUUGACAUCAGGAUGUUUGGCAAUGUUCCAUAAAACAUAAUUAUCUGCAUCAGGAUUUCUGGUUUCUUUGCAUUAUGUUUUGGUAGUCAAAAAAAUGAAUUUGCAGGUUUUGGAUUUUUUUUGCCUUAUACAUGAUCAGUCUGUAUGCCUUUGAAAUCUGUAUUUUUGGAGCAUUUUUAUUACAAAACAUUUAAAUGCAUUUGACAUUCAGAUGUUUGUAGCACAUACAUAGUUCUUAUCAUCGGCCCAUUAUAUGGAUCUCUGACAUCAUACGUAAAUUGCACGAUGGCCCAUAAACAGGGCUGAAAGUCUCUCUACCCUAAAUGUGGUGUCAUUCAACACAAAGCAUGCAGCGUUUUCAUUGGUUGUGUUAACAGUUAUUUAUUAUUGUUGGAGUGGGAGGUCUGGUUACUUGUUCUUUUAUGAUUGGCUAAAUGCAUUUUGUUUGUGGCAUAGUUGUCAUAUAUUUAUUUCCCUAUUUUUAUUUUGUUUUGAUUGCAAAAAGUAAAAGAAAUAAUCUACCUUAAGAAAAGACAUUGGAAAUAUUUAAUGCCAUAUGAACUUGUUAAAGUGAAUAUAGAUUCAGCUCUUUGUGUACGGUAGUUAUUUUGAUAAUAAUGAACUAAAGAUUGUAUGACUUAAUAAAUUUAUUGUCAUUAAUCAUAUUUUCAUUCUAUAAGGAUAAUUUUGACAACCUUUAACAAGGAAGCUAGAUUUUUUUAAUUAUGUUGUAGUUUUAUUUAUUUAGAUUUUUUAUGCAAAAUAGAAUUAUUGAUUUAUAAAUUGUAAUAGAUCUUCAUGAAUCUAAUGAUAGCAGUAUAGACUUUUCCACUAUGUGGAUGUAUACUUGUUGAAAACUGUUCGCAGUAAGUUGUGAUCUUGUCUCAAGUGGUGCCAAACUAUAUCCAUUGAUGUUAUGUUGUACUAUAAGCCCAAUCAGUAUUAUUUUAAUUUUAUUAGAAAUGAUGUAUGAUCCUACCACUUAGCUUUUUACCAUGUCAUCUUGUACAGCACACUUUUAAAUUGUACUUUAAAUUUGAAAAUCUAGAGCAAAAUAGAAAGGUGCUUCACCAUGCUCCCUUGUUGGUCCCCCAAUGCUGCCUUUCGUAGAUUGUCUACACUAAAACUUUUUAAAGUGUAAAGAUCUUUGGAAAUUUAAUGCACUUUUGCAAAUGAUGAAUGGUCAACAAAAACUUUCAACAUUAAAAUCUUCGUUACACUACUAAAACAAUAAAAUACACAUUCAGUGGAUUAAGCAAAUUUUAUCGAAAAUCUAACCGGUCACGCUGCCCAUUUCCAGCAUUACCAUGCACCUUUUUUUGUAACUAGAUCUUUCCCUGUUUUAAUAAUAUUUUAUUUAAGAGCCAAAUGUGUCUAUCAUCGUGAUAAGUCUUAUUGGCUUAAUGGACACUAUCAAUAUCAGCUGAGGUAAAUUGAUAAUAAUUAUUUCUUCCCAUGUAUUAUUGCAAACUAGAAAUAGAACACGUACAGUGGAUUUUGUCAUUUACUCUAUGCGGUUGUGUACUUGAAACUUCAACUUCUUCAAAACCUACAAAUAGUAUUCAAAUGAAAUGCAUUUUAAUUAAAAUAAAUAUUAAAAUACAUCUAACACAUAUAAGUGAUUUUAAUUGUGUGAAUAAAAUGUUUAAAACUAAAAAAAAACAUGAAGGAUCAAAAUAAUGAUUAUUUCAUGAAUCAUUGUCAUUUUUAUAAAUCUUAUCUAUUAAAUCAAAGUUUUAACUAUAUAUUUAGUCUUUCAUUCGUUUGCAUUUUCUUUAGCAUUUAGUUGUUUUUAUUGCAGUUCCCAAUAUUUAUAUUGAUCCAUCUUUUUCAAAUGAGCUUAACUUUGCUUUGGACAUCAAAAUAUAGUCAAAAAAUUAUUUUCAUUUUUUGCUGGAUGUCAGAAUAAUAUUUUAGAUGCGAGUUCCCAGCGUCAUAGUGUGCUAACUUGCAGUGACAGCGAUCCGAGAUUAUGUACUGGUAGCUCCUUCUUAUGUUGGACCUUUAUCUAUUCUCACGCUGCCUUACUAUUGAUAAAAAGGGUCACUGCGACUGGUAUUUGACACAAUAGUAACACCUGGUGCGGUGACCUUUACACACAAGAUUUUUACAUUUGUAGCAUGGAUUAUGGCAUAUUGGGAGUGGCCACAUGUGCUUAACCCAUUUAUGCCUAGUGGACUCUCCCAUCCUUCUAAAUUGGAUCAAUUUAUUUCCAAAAUUAGGGAUGUGUAGUAUAUUAAUUUCUAUAUUAAGAAUAUUUCUACAAAAAUUCCUUUAAGCAAACAGCACAGACCCCGAUGAGACGCCGCAUCAUGCGGCGUCUCAUCUGGGUCUAUGCUGUUUGCCAAGCAAAGCUCCAGAUAAGAUAUUUUUGAUCGAUAAAAGUGCGUAACCGGUUAAACAAUUCAUCAAGUUUAGUGUUUAGUGUAUAUUUGCCUUUUAAUAAAAAGUAAGGCAGUAAAAAUAACCAUGACCUCAAAACGGCGGCCCAUCAUGUUCUAGGUUUGAAAAAGGACUGCGGCUUCUGCAGGAAGUUACUAUACAUUACGAUAUGCCAAUAGAGAUAAAUCUUUUAAUAAAUGCUUCUAGAAUUGUUAAAAUAAUUUUAAGCUAUCUCAUUAUUGAAGAGGUUUAUAAUUGACUUACAUAGACCACAGGCAGUGUGACUUUAUUUUCAAUUGCACAAGCAUUGCCAUAACUUAGUUUAAUUGCGAAAUGAUGUUUGUGGUGUACUACAUGAAUACUAUUUGCAAGAAAAACCCAAUCAAGACAGGGAUACAACACAUGUAAGUUGAAUAUUAAAAAAAAAAAGAAUGUUCAUAACAGAAUAAAAAUUACUUCUGUUUGCAUUUAUAUUAAUAUUUAAAGAAACAUGCCAUGUACACAUGUACUAUGUCAGUUUUCUAUAGAAAUUGAAAAUACCCCUUAAUGUUCCUUAACACCCUUAAUGGCUAAAACAAAGGAGUAGAAUACUCUUUUACAAUAAUAUCAGGGGGUAAAAUACCCUUUAGACUAAAUCUUUAUCUGGAGCUCUGUUGCCAAGGCCUUUUUUCUAGACGCUAGGCAUAAAUGGGUUAAUUUUGAUGCCUUGUUUGUGGACUUUAUACAAUGGAGGUAUUUAUUGUUUUUCUAACUUGUUGCUCCAUACAUUACAUUAAUCUGAUGUUGUUUUUGUUGUAAAAAGGUUCAAAUAUAGGGUAAGAGGUGGUUUUGAAAUGCUUGGUGAAAAACAAAUAUAUAUAAAAUGUCAAUAAUUAUCAGCUAACAAAUGGUAGAUGAAAGUCAUGUUGGUUGUUGUAAAAUAAUAAAUUCGUAUGAAAAUUGAUCUUACUUGGGAUAAUGCAAAUAAACAAUCAUAAUUAUGGUAUUUGCUUUUUUGUACAUAUACCAACAUGCUUAUUGCAUUUCAUUAAUCGAUCAUGAACGCAUGUCAUUUGUUACAUAUUAUCAAAUUGUCUUUCAUAUUGUAUAUGCACAUAAAAAUUCUUCAAAACUAUUUAUGGUGUGUAAAAAUCAUUAUACAUAUGCAUCAAGUCUUAGAUAGAUGUUUGAACAUUCCUUUGAAUACAAACAUUCAGUGUAUAUUUCCUUGAAUUCUUUUUUAUUUAUGGAGCACCUACAUGUAAAUAGUAACUUCUUAAGAGUGUCUGGGGUUGCUAUACAUGUAUGUAAUUGUUCAGAAUAUUCUUAUUCUUUGAUAUCAGUAUUAUUUCGUGCAUAAGUAGAAAUACUUUUAGAACUUUUUGUUUGUGUAUUGCAACAAUUCAUAAAAAAUAACCUGUGUUACUGUGUGAAAUUAAAUAUAUUUCUUGCUUGUCCUCAAAAUGUUCGGUGCUAUUGCAUUGUAUAGAAUGACUUCAAGAAAGUAUAUAUAUACAUAAUUAUACAUCCACUGUUCUUAUUUUUUAUGAAUCAAGAUGUCUUUUUUAUGCUUUUUUUCAAUGGUUCAAGCAUGUUUGUUUUUAUAUUUUCUAUUCUGUUAAAGAAAUAUUGAUUAAACAGAUAUUAUAUUAACAUAUUUAUUUCAUCAGGAAAUAUAUAGUUACCUGUAAUUGUUACAUUCAGAUAAAUGCUUUAUUAAAACAAUUACUUUAUUAACACCCAUUUCUUGCACUGUCUGUUUCCAGAUUUUGAAAAUAUUAACUGCACUUUGAGCUUUAGGACUACUGUGCUUUUUAUUUGUGUAUAUUUGCUUGUGUUACUUUGUUGAUUGUUGAGACAAUAAAAAAUAAAGACUGUAAAAGAAAGUUAA